AUGGCUCUUAUCUCGCUUCAAGUUACUUCAGCCGCCUCUGGUGUGGGCCAAGAGCUGGCGGAACUGGUGGAAGAGCGCGUAGCAACUCCCGUUUCACCCCGUCGAUGGCAGCAAGGUCGAGCUCCCCGUCUUCUAUGGUGCGUGUUGAUGGAGUUCAAAAGUGACCGCCACCGGCCAUCAGGGACAAGUCUCCUUGAUGUCUCAGAGUCUCGAGGAACGUCACCCUGCGCCCAAGUUGCUUAGGAUAUGCAUGCGAAAGCAAGGCCAUAGGAGCCGCCAGCCAGUUUAGAAACAUUACUCACCAUGCCGCACACAGCUGUGUUCCUACUUAUAUGUGUUUGCAGUGGCUCCGUACCAGAUAUUGUCACAUAUAAGCUGCCCGUGCCUCUUCUAGCUUGAGGCUGUUCCAGAAGUAGAAACGACGUAGAAUCGGCAUGGAAUAUAUGGAAUAUAUUAUUUUUGUUGAGUUUCAUGUAGGCAUAAAUUCUCAAGAAAGUUAUUAGUAAGCCAAGAUAAUAGUAAGCUCCGACUAACACUAAAAACCCUAACCUUAAAUAAAACACCCG